AUGCUUUUUUAUAAUUUAGAUGAAAGCUGUGAUCCCUGGAAGUUCUACUGUCCUGUCGGUAUCUGUAUACCAUGGAAUUCGACUUGCAAUGGAAUUUCGGAUUGUCCGAGUGGAGCGGACGAACCAAGCAUUUGUGGCAACACUUCUAGAGGUAUGUGAAAAUCUAUUUCUUUGGUAAAUAAAUCCUGCCGCAAACAAGAGAAACUUGCUGAGCUAACCGCCUCGUGUGGCGGCUAGCUCAUCUAUGCAUUUUCACCGCACACUGUGGGAAAUCUACUGAACGGCAACAUCGUUGAUAAGAUUUUUUGCAUUACCCUCCACUGUCGCCAUUUUGAUCAAAGUCACGUGAAGAAACUAUGGAUUUGAUUCUUAUUCGCUAAUUAAUUGAAGCAGCUCAGCACUAUAAGCGCAGCACUAUCAGCAGACGUUGGGAUCCUUUCCUCGCGAGGUGAAAACCAUCAAACACGAUAUGGAGCCUCGAGAGGUUAAAUCCUCACGAAAACUAUCCGCAUACGAGUGAAACAUGCUGAGCUAUAGCCGCCAUGCGAGGCGGUUAGCUUAGCAAAUUUCUCUCCUGUGCAGCAGGCUGAAAGUAGAGACCUUACGAUUUUAGGACGGCAACACGACGACGACGGCCAAAACAAACUCCUUCAAAUAAAUGGUAGUAAAGAUAAUUCAUCGUACAUUAUCAAUCGUAUGAAUUUAAUAGUCUUAGAAGUUGAUGACAUGGGUUUUAUGGUUGGGAAGAGUUCUUCUGAACCCAGUUUGAAAUUGCACUUGUUGCGGCUUGAAAUGCAGCCGUUGUACAAAGACGUGAAAAUCUGUGAUUUGGCGUUGUAAACAGAGCGAGGACAAUGGUUGUUUACCAUUUACAUGGAAUUUCCGGUGAUUCCAUACGGUAAGUAAAUGGAACAAGCCUAUUUCGACGGCGCAACCGGAAAUUUUCCGGAAUGAACGGUUUGUUUGAAAAGGUUGUCCUCUCUUACCGAUUGGAAGGUUUAAACCGGUGAAUUUUGUUCCAUUUACAUCUCUUUUAUUUUUUCACCAGUUCCAGGCUCUUCGCAAUUUAAUUCAAACCGAAUGGGUUUUCCAUGUAAAUGGUAAACAACCCUUCAGUGCCUUCCGGUCAGUCACUCUAAAUGGAAAGCGCAUAAUCCGAAUGGGAUUUUCUAUCCAAAAUUUUGCUUACCAUUAGCACAAUUUCAAACCGGAUGGGUUUUCCAUGUAAAUGGUAAAAAAAACAACGACUAAAUUAUUCUUAUAUUGUAAUUACUCAAUUCUUUUCAAUGAUUUAUUGUAUUGGUAGCCGUUGCCGUCCCGUUGCCGUCGUAAAUCGUAAGGUCUCUAUUCUGCUUCAAACGAGGUCAUGAAGUCACUAGAGUUGGCAAUUGCGCGAUCUUGGUUAGCUGUUCUUAAUGCCUUCCCAACACUAUUGUGUAUUUAUUUUAGUUAAACCAGAUAGUUGCAUGGAACACUCGUCAAACUUUAUUUUAUUAAUCUAGAACUUUUAUCUUAUCCGGGGCUUACGCUAAGCAAUAUAGCCAUCCAAGUAAACCUGCAUGUAGUAAACGGUUUAAUUUGAAGAGUGUUUACUUUAUUAGAUUGGAAGCAUUUUCAUAAGUUUUUAAAGUUUUACAUCAACAACAAGUAAAAAAUAAUAACAUAAAUUUCCCCUUGUUUUUCUAGCAAACGAAACCUGUAGUCUAAAUGAUCCUGGUUGCUUGAGUAAUUUAAUAAAUGGAACAUUUUGUGAAGAUAAUAUUGAUGGUAAGGCGGAUGUCUUCCAUGCUUAAUUAUACUGUUUAUAAUAAAACCCCGCACAUUUAUUUAUUUGCUUGUGUGCCUGGCAAAUAAUUAAAUUAUUCCUUGCAAAGCCUUGUUCCUUGGCAAGAUAAUGCUAAGUCGUGUUUACACUACAAGCCCUGCAUGGCAAGGCCAGUCCAAGGUAAAUGUGGCGCGUUUACACCAUUACAAUAUUUUUUGAGACUGUCUCACUUUGCGUAGAAUUUUGUAAUUAACUUCGUGUAUUUUUAUGCGUUGUGACGUUGUACUGUCCGCUAAUCUCGCACUGUGGACACACGUAGCCUGCGUAACGGCUCUACUUUCUCUGAGCCGUUACGCAGGCUAGACACACGUUGCCAUGAAAAUAAGGUCCAGGCCAGGGCCGAAAGUAUUUACAUUUCCACAAGUCUAGGCCACCGGUUGUAGUAUGCCCAGAUUUCCUGGCCUAGUCAGGCCAAGGCUAGGCCAAAGUCUGUUUACACCAUCAAAAUGUAGGCCAAAGGCAGGCCAAGGCUGGUAGUGUAAACAUGACUCUAGUUUAGGCGAUUCUAGGCAAAUUUAAAUUGAGUGAAAAUCUCAUUUUAAAACAAUGCGAGUUAAUAUUGUAUACUAAUGUGGGAUUAUUUGAGAUAUGUCUGCGUGUGUCCACACCGAGAAAUCUGAAAAGUUUGCUUGACCACGGUGGGAAUCGAACACAAGACCCUUGGUUUACUAGUCCAAUGCUGUAACUGAACCACAAAGUCAAGUCGGGUCCCUGGUUAUUUAUCCACUUAAAGGGGCAGUGUCACGAGGCUGAUUGGCUAAAAUAUAAAUGGCGAAAGAAACGUUCAAAAUUAAUGCUACAUGAUUGGAAAAGAUGUGGCAGCCUUCAAUUUUUAAAACAAAGAAAGAAUGUCCUGCAUAAUUACGAAGGGAUUAUAAAUAGUUUAUCGUAUUUCACUCCUAACUCGAUUAAUUGUUGGCAGACAGUUUUUCAAGUUCGCGAGUAUAUUUUGGAUGCGCAGUAGAACCGUGACACUGCCCCUUUAACAUAGCUUGGUAAAUAUUACCACGACGUUCUGGUCAAAUGGUUACAUUUACCACUUACCAGACCGUAUAUGGUAGGAAGGAAGAUAAAAUAACCAGGACAUUUGAUCAGAGAUAGAAUAUUAAGUUAAUUUAACCAAAAUAUAGUUUAACCACCAAAGUGUUUUUAGAGUGUAUUCAGCCACCUUGAAUUGAUGCAUGAUCUAAAUAACCUGGAUGAUUCAAAGUCGACGUUUGCAAGAGCCUCACUUGCCUAUACGAUUGAGAUCCUGCUUAGUAUUUCUUGUUGGUGAGAGGUUUGUGUUUUAAGUUUCGAAGAGCUUUUUAGAAAUUACAUUUCUACUUCAGGCAGCUGUGAUUUUGAACAAGAUGGUUUCUGUGAAUGGCGACAGGUUCAUGAUGGACAUGAUGAUUUUGAUUGGUCAAUUAAUAGUGGUGAAACUUCCUCCAAACAAACUGGGCCUAGAGCUGAUCAUACUAUAAAAUCCAAACAAGGUAGUAUUCUAGUAUUACGUUCUUUAAGAACGUUUAUAUUAAUGAUCAUUUUAGUAAAUUUUAUUCGAUUCUAAUUGGUUAAUCAGAACAGUUAUGCGAUUUGUAAAAGUAUAGGUAAAAGUAUAAUUUGAAAGACAUAUUUGAAAAUCAUGCACAAGUAAUUAAGUUUUUAAAAGACGAUCAAGUUUUUGCGCGAGUCCCAAGAACGUUGUCUUUGAUUCACAGUAUCAUGUACGAAAUUACAACAUGGUAAUUCUGAUGAAAAGUUUUAAAAAUAUCUAUUUCUUCUAAACUCAAAAUUUGAGUAAAAUAAUCGAUGAUAUUUUGGUUUAACGGUUAUAUUUAGAUUUUUAAAAACAAUCAGACUAUUUAUAAAGACAGCUCGUAUCGCGAAUUUGUAACCACACCAAAAUACAGUAUCAUAGGCAACUAAUAUGUGUUUUUUUUCGUAUUUAUUCUUUCAACCCUAAAAAAAUAUUAUACUAGUUUUAAUGAGUGAGUGGAAGCCAACUGCCGUUUUGUAUCAUAAAUACUUUUUUUCACUUCGUUACAAGGAGCCCCUUAUAAGCACAGCUCUGUCCCACUGAAGGUGUUAAUCUAUCUCUGCAAAUGCCGUUCCCAGGUUCGUACAUCUAUAUCGAAGCAAGUUCUCCAAGAGUUAAAGGUGAUAAAGCAAUCAUUGAAGCUGGGCCGUUCAAUGCUGAUCAAAAUUUCUGCUUUACAUUCUAUUAUCAUAUGUUUGGUGUGCAUAUUGGUCGCCUGAAUGUUUAUCAAGCCUGGUCGAACAGGACGAAUAUAGAACUUCUUUGGACCAGAAACACAUCAGGCGAUGUUCGUCAAUGGAAAACUUCCUCGCUCGAUAUUAGAUCUGGGAGGAAUUUUUACGUGAGUAUGACAGGCGGGUGAAAAGGUUGUUUUUAUUCAGACAGACACUUUGCGAAAUAGUAGGGGGUGCGUUUGUUUUAACUUCUUACUAUGGAAAUGGAAAUAAUAUGGAAAUCCAACUCCACAAUCAUACAAAUAUGAUUUCAAUAGUUGGAAUUUCACUAUAUUAAAUUUUGUUGCCUUUUUGUUGCUGAAAAUUUUGGUCUCCAAUUCUUUUUUGGUUCCAAUUUAAUGAAAGGGAUAGAUUACUGAAAUUUAAUUUUAUUAUAAAAGUUAACGAUAAAAGUUUAUUUUAACUUAUUUAUUAAAAGCUGCAACAACCCAUGUACUGCAAGAGAAAAGAGUUUGGAUUUAAUAGAGUCCGAAUGUCCAUGCAUUUAUACGUUCUAAUCAGUGUUGUGAAAAUUACCACAAAAUAGUAAUGGGUGAAAAUUACAAUUACUCCUCUGAAAAGUAAUUCUUUUAAAAGCAGUUAAUUAUAAAAUUACUAAUAAUUGACUACUGAUUAAUUACUUUUCAGAUUACUUUCUUUUUAUGCGCAAUAUAAUAAGAUUGAAGAAAUUACAAUGCGGAAAUUGGAAAGCGGGUUGUUCUUUUAUUUUAAGAAAUAAUUUUAAAUUUUGUUCAAGUUUAUUGUAUGUCAUAUAUUGUAUCAGUCUUAUAUGUUAUUGUAUUAUGUAAAUGCUGACGAGUUUUUACAGUGUUUAAAGGGUUAAUGUCAGGGUCAUGCAUUGCGGGCUUUUGUUAUUGUUUACAUUUUACUCAAAUACAACAAAUAGCGAUAAAAUUACCUUGUUUGGUACAUUUCUGAUAAAAAUCACACAAAAAGAGCAAGGAUUAUAAAAGGAUGGUUUAAAUAUAUGACGGAUUGUAAACACUUUCCAAAUCAUCUUUUCUAUUCGUUCCGAAAAAUGGCCGCUAGCAGGAGUUUGAGCCCGUGAAUUCCUGGUGUGACACUAAUCCUUUAAAUAAAAUCAAUUAUCGUCAUCAUUUCGAAAACAACAACCCUCGUUAAUCUAACUCAUACUUUUGUUUGACUGGGGAUUGAUUUUACUUAGUAAUCCCUCACUUUACAGCGUAGAGCAAUAACGCCUCAUAAGCCUAUAAUAACAAAAUUGUGGGUCUAUAUAUUUUCAGUUAAUGAUCGAGGCAGUUUGUGGUGAAGGGGCAGAGGGUGAUAUUGCUGUUGAUGAUUUUUCUAUGAUUGAUAAAAAUUGUUCUGAAGUUCAAAAUGGUAACUACUAUAAAUUUUAAAGUUUAAUCGACUUUUUUUUACACCAUAGAAUACCCAGCCAUUUAAACAACGCGGCUGCGUGGUAUAUGGCUACAAUAACAAUCAAUCGUUGUAUAUAGGUACACACGUAAAAGCGCGCAAGUUGUUACGAAUCUGCAAGCAAGUUGUAACAAUUAUGUUCUUGUCAAGCCGAUACCAGGAAGUGUUCGCACUCCUUGUUCCCAAUUGUUGUGACAAGUCUUGAACAAGUUGUUAUCAUCUUGUUACAAGGUUAAUGCAACAGACUUUGAACAAGUUGUUCCAACAAGACUAAUGCAGGCUGUUCGUAACAAGUUUGUCCCAGCUUGCUGUCAUCAACUUGUUACGUCACGUAACUUACGUGCGGACGAUAUCAGACUUGUUGGAACAUCUUGUUGCGGUCUGUUAUUUAUUAUUUAUUAACUUUACAACCAUACAUAAAAUAGAUUAAACCACUACAUAAAAUGGUUGAAGGUAUGGUCAACAGGACAUGAAUAGCCCCAUGUAAAGACCAACCUUAAUGAAAACAAACUAUAGCAAACAUAAAUCAAAGACGAGAACAAAUAUAAAAUUUACAGAAAACAUGACGAAUUACGAACAACAACUUAAGUUGAAAGAGCGGCACUUAGAACAGAAGGUUUUCCAAGUGCGCAUUCUGUUUACAUCGAAAGAUGUUCACCCUCGCCAACCUUCUUACCAAAAUGAUAGCAACUUUUUCCAGACUUGUCAAAAACUGUGCAAACAAAAAUGCGAACACAUCUUGUUGACAAGAGAAAUCGAGAGCAUUCAACGCAGAGCCCUAUAGGUGCGUGUUGUUAUCUUCCCAGAGCUCAAGUAUGAAGAUGCAAUUGACCGUCAUGGCGUGGUGUCGUUAUUUCUGCGAAGAAAAGCCAUUGUGAGAGAUCCUUUGGAGCCGAAUGCGUGCAGAUACAUUCCCUAGUUUCUUCCAUACACAAAACGAGAUAUUCCCUACAGAACAACAACACUAUUUUAAUACCUAAGCUAUAAGACAAAUAGACUUGCUAGCAGUGUUAUUAUAGCCGGUAGCAAAGCCUAUAACGCCAGUAUCUAUUAACCUAAGUGUACUUUUUUAUAGUGUUGUAUACACGAGCUGACACCUGUCUAGUUGAUUAGGAUUGCAAAUUUGCAAGCUUGACACCCGUGAAUCGCGUUACGAACCGUACGGAUAAUGCGAUCUGUACCAAGUUCCGGCUACUGUUUCGUAUUUACUGAAGCAAAAUCGGGAAGUAUUGAUAACUCUCUCGUUUGUUCUAGAUAAUUCGCCAUUUUCUUCCUUUGAAAAGCCUUCUGCUUGGAAAAAGACUCCCAGAGUUUGGUCCAGAAUACUUGUGAACAACAGGAACCGAUUCAUGCUGCAAGGUAAGCUCUGAAAUAGCACAGAUGAUCUGAAUGGCGAGGUGAACAGUUCUGAUUUAAAAAUCCAUCGCCACAGCUAGAACGAGCAUGUUAAAAUUAGUAAAAUUGCAAAAUUUGACCGCGAAAUGUUGUUAAUUGCGGAAAAUAUAGCCCCACGAAAUUUGCAAAUUUUGUAUUAAUUUGUAUUACGCGCGGGAAAAUGCACCACAAGUGUGAUGCAUUUUCCCGCGCGUAAUACAAAUUAUUAAUACAAAAUUUGCAAGGGCUAUAUAUUUUCCUCCUUUUACAACAUUUCGCAACCAAACUUUGCAAUUUUACUAAUUUUUACAUGCUCUUUCUAGCUGUGGUGAUGGAUUUUGUUCUUCCCUAGAUCAAAAUGUAGUCUACAUAGCUGGAAUUAUCCAUUCGAAGUGCCGCAGUCUGCGUCGGAUAUUAUGGGAAGGAUAUUCACGUCAACGAUUCGCGCUUUCGGUUUUAGCGUGCAUACAGCUAUUUCAAUUAAGGUUGUCCACGAGCAAAGCGGAAAAGUUGAAUACCAGUGCGAAAGGCUGCUGGAAUUGCUUUGAAAAUUCAUUAAUUUGUUAACGAUUCCCAGCAGCCUUUCGCGCUCGUAUUCGACUUUUCCGCUUUGCUCGGUGGACAACCUUAAUUGAAAUAGCUGUAUGCGACAACAAAGUUAAAAUGACCAAAACACAAUUAAAACAAUUUUUUAGCUCCCGUAAUAGUUGUAAAAGAGUUUGUGAACAAAACCGUAUUUACAAGCUUUUAGUAACUUUCUUCGUUAGAAAUAACUUUAAAGAAUACCUCUACACAUUGUUAAACAAAACUUUUUGCCUUUCUUUGUAUUUGGCGAAACGGCAGCUUCGUUUAGUAUAAAAGUUUCCUCGUCUGUAACCGGGACGAAACGGGAAGCCGUUUUGUUUUUGUCCGGAGGUGAAUAGUGCAUGCAAGAUGUCUGGAGUUGACCAACCAACGAAAUUACGUGAAAGGCGCUAUCUACCUUCUGAGUAUAUGUUAAUCGUUGUUGUUGGCAAAUAAAUAUUUUUCUUCGAGAGAGGGCAUAUUUAGAAGGGAAGGACUAAAUUCAUAUUAGUCAUGUCGGACAACAGUCUUUUCUACGAUUCUAUAGACUUCUAUCUGAAAACGAGGUUAUCAGGAAAACUUGAAAUUACUUUAUCUGAAGAGCUGACGGCAUUAUAUCAAUGUAUGACGUUCUGGUACAAGUAUAUAUACGUCAGUGGUAUGUCAUUCAAAUCCAGACAAGCACUUGAUGGGAACCGAAUUGAACUGUCGCACAGUCUCAAGGGAACUAGUGGAGAGUGGGUGUUCGGGGAGAUGCCGCUUCAGAGACGGUAUAUGAAAUCCAAGGUAUUGAAUCACGCAAUUUAAAAGCACUCAUGCAAGUUUCUGGUCAACGUAGAAGUAACACUAUUUGGAAUUUGGCAAAGUAAUUUGAGCAUUUGCCUGCGGUUGGUCUGCGAUCUGUUGUUGUAUUAGCUAAUAAUAGCUAUCGUCGCUGUUAGAAAACCAAAAACUUGUCAUAGAAAUUUGUGGUACGUACACAUGUGCGACAUACCACAUGAAGUAAUAACAUAUUAAUUUAGGUCUUGUUACAUUAAAAUUCAUGAAUUCAAGAUGAAAUUGAGUUUUUUCAACAAUUUUUUACCGAAUUCUCAAAAUGCGUAAAAUGUGCAAAAAUGCGAUUUCGAAGGUCUGUAAAAUGAUAAAUCAGAGGAUAUAUGAAUUUGGAUAAACUACUGCUAUACAUGAUGUAUAUAAUUAAUCAUUUUUUCUUUGUCUUCAGCUCUUCUUCAUAGUUGUUUGUCCUCGAAAAAACUGUUUUAAUCGUCUGCGUUACCUUGCUAUUGACGAAAUUAAUUUCUCUGCAGAAUCGUGCCUCAGUUUUCAACAAGGUAAGUGGCAUGGACUACUGUAAUGCUUAGUAACAUCUAAAGGCUCUGUUUCACUCAUGCACUGAAAAACCAACUCGCAUGUUUGCUGCGAGUUUUUACAUCUAAUUACAGUAAACUGUCGAGCCUUGAAAGCACUAGCAUCGAGAUUGCGAGUUCACUGAUGCGAUGAAUGGAAAGAGGUUAUUAAAUACAUCUCAGUAUCUAUCUCGGUGAACUAAGUGUUGAAUCAUGAAAAAUUUGUUAAAUCAUUACUUGUGUUUCACUUAGAGAAUAUAACUGUUAUUAAAUAAUAUUUGCACUAACAUAUUUUAUCUUGUGUACCUAUAAAGCAAAAUAAAGAAAGGUCUUCUAAUUUAUUGGUCGUUCGGAGCAACUUUUUGCAUACUCCAAUUGAUGAUGAUGAUCAUUAUUAUUUAAGCUCAUUUACUUAUGGUAGCCUUUCAGGUGUUUGUGCCGUGCACACUUACUAUAAAUUGUUAUAAAAAUAUUAAAAUUAUUAACUAAAAAAUAAUCAUGCAUAAUAUACACUAUUUACAUAAAUGUAUGGUUAGACAUGAUCGACCUCCAAGUUCAAAUACACAAACCAUCGAUUGACUAGUCUCUUGAAAGAAUUGAUAGAAGUUUGAGGUUUUUUAUUAUUGGACGUUUUUCCAUUAAAAUUUGGUUCCAUGAAACAGUUCAAUACUUUCAUGUGCAUAUUCUAAUUGUUUUGACCCAAAAUAUUAGAAGACAUUCGCCAAAGUCAGUGAUUGACGGUAAUUAGACGAAUUGUUCUAAUUUUCUUGAGAAAUUUUAAAUUAUAAAUAUUUUUGUCAUGUGAUUGUGCUAUGGGAAUCUGUUCUGAUCAUGAUGAACUGAAAAUUUUUUGGUUUGAGUGUAAAGUUACGUUUUAAUCAAGACUUCGAAUUCGAACUGUAUUGAAUUUCAAGUCCAAAACGGCUAACCGUUACUCGACUUUGCAUCCGUCCACAAUUGUAUAAAUUAAUAGUAAUUGGAUUCUCUUUUUCUACUUCAGGUGGUGUUUCCUGGAUCAGAAAAUCUUCAAGGUUUUACAAAUCGUUGACAAAACGUAACAGAGAUGGCAGGAUUACGGCUUUUUAUACACCACAAUUUUCCUCGAAUGAUAGAAAAAUCACGAAUGAUUUGGAUUUACCUCAAUAUUCACCCAGCUUUAUUAAAACUAUUAAACCUGGCCGUGUGAACUACAUUGUUGAAGACAGUUCUUCGUUAGAAUACUCGAAUAUUAGUGUGGGGAACAGAGUAUUUGUACAGGAAGGCGUAAAUAUUGCAGCUCUAGGAAUCGUGAUUGCAAAGGAAAUCGCUAAGGACAAUUACGACUAUAAAUUGACUGUUCGUCUUGAUUCCAAUAACUCAGAAAUUGUGCUUGAGAAUCAAAAUGUUUGGCUUCUUCCAUAUCAAUUGGAUCAACAUGGUAAGUAAGCAUGAAUAUGGAUGGAUCCCAGCCAAAUCUGGUAGGGGACGCGGGGGUGCCCAUCGCGAGCUUUAUUAAUAGUCCAGUGUGCAAUCGUUUACUAUAAGUACUGCACGUAAUCACUAGAGGGAACUACGGCAGCAAAGCACUUGACAAUUUCGCAAUCAUGUUGCUAUCUCAUUUUGCCUCUAUUUUAUUCAUGUUUUUCUUUAUAUAUGCCUUAGAAAAUCAAAGAAAUGGAUUUGAUAAAGAAAUUAUCACAUACCUCCCUUGCACUCCAUUUUGCAAAAGCUGAAUAGGAGUAAUAUUGGUGUGCACCACUCUACACCAAACACCAAAUUUCUAAUAAAUCAAGUACUUUGCCGGCUAUAUAUAUCUUAAAAUAAUUUGGUAAUUCGCCUCAUUAAUAUACGGAUCUACAGUAUGCGCAUGUUCAGUUACGAUGAGCCGUAGCUCAUUUUGGGUGUCAAUUUGUGGCUGUAAUUUCCAACUGUGGCAUGUGGAAUUAAUGCUCACCCAAACCACCGCUGGUUCUCUGUUUAUUCUGGCCUCGGCUUGCAAAAUAACCCUAAAGAUAUAAUUCAUUUUUUAAGCGACAGUUCUUUCUUGUAAACAUUAGGUCUCGAGGUAAAACAUUUAGAACUGAUUAAGCUAUCCAGAAUUAACUCACCACUAUCGUAAAUAUAUUUUUACCUAGGACCCGCAUGGUCUACAUGGCUGUCGUCAUCCCGAAAGUGCAAACAAAUCAACUACAAUGGUGCUUGUUAUUUGACAUUUAAACAACGAAAUUGGUUUGACGGCGCUGACAUUUGCAAGAUUUAUGGAAGUGAGCUGGCCAGAUUUGAUUCUGAACUGGAAGAGAAAUAUGUCAAAAAUAAAUUUGCUAAAUUUCUACCAUUCUGGAUUGGUUACCACGGGCACAGGCACGAGGGGACGAAGUUCGCAUGGAGUGAUGGUAGUAAAGAUCUAUAUAAUAAACUGGAUGGCGGGAAUUUGAACAAAGGAUUUUCCGCUGGUUUAUGUACAGCAGUCGCAAACUCUACGAUGUGGGAAAGACGUAACUGUAGUGAGAGAUUAAAUGUUCUUUGCCGUCGACCUGGUAAGCUUACCUGAUCUUUUACGCUCUUAAACUUGAACUAAUUUUUACUAUUUAAAACACGAGAAGGAGUGCUUUAUCAGAUAUAAAACAUGACGCGACAACCGAUGGCUUAAAAAGCGACCCAUUUUAUGAGUUCAUUCGCGAAGUAAUUUUAAAAAUGAACGUUGUCUAAGGGCCUGUUCAUAUGGGGAAAAGUUAUCCCGAUUAGCGAGAAAACAUUUCGACAAGUUUACAGGCGAGAUCUCGCCUUGUUACAAAAAUAAUAUGAAAAGUUACACUGUGUUCAUAUGAGACGAAAACGGUUUUCCCGUGUACCGAGAUCUCGCUUGUUGACAGGCGAGAUCUCGGUGACCGGGAUAAUGUUUUACCCAUAUGCAUGAGCACAACAUAGCCACAACUUUCCCGCUUAGCGGGAAAACUUUCUUACAAAUCCUUGCGCGUCACACCAGUGUUACGUGCGUCACAAGCCGGAAUCUUUACCCGGUAAGCGGGAUAACGUUUCUCCAUAUGAACAGAACAAAAUUAUUUGGCCAAUGUUUUCUCGUUAAUUAACCGGGAUAACUUUUCCCCAUAUGAAAAGGCCCUAAGCCGAGAAAAUCAAAGCUAAAGUUUAUAUGUAAAUUGACAUGAUUGAUUAUAUAUAAAACGACCGACACGGUAGUGAUUCCAGUGUGUUUCCUCAUCAAUUGUUAGCCCAUUGUUACAUUAUCGUUUAAUGAUUGGAUAUAAAGCUUAAACCAGAAAGCCACUUUUUUCUGAAAUGAAAUUUCGUUUCAAAAAUUUUCAUUGAUUGUGGUCAAUAAAAGAAGCAGAAAUUUUGAAACAAACGAAAACAAUGGAACAAAACAAAGCACCAAGUUAAAAAAUAGAAAAACAUCAAAAGCUACUAAACACAAUCCGAACGUAAGCAAAGAAGAAAAAACAAGCAAACGAUAACAAAAAAAAAACCCAAACCAAACCAAACCAAAGAAAAACAACCAAAUAGCACAAAAAGAAGCAAAACCAGAAACAAAAACAAAAACAAACAAACUCACAAACACACAAAACCGACAAGACAAACCUAGCCUAGCCUAAACCAUGAGUCAAACAGAAUUGGAAAACAAAAAAAAACACAAAAAAAAACGAAAGCCUUAACUGAUCAAAGCCUAUUCGAAUCUAAUUACGUUCAGCCUGUGUUUAAAAUUUUCAGUGUAUUCAAACCUUCAUAUUUAACUUUUAACAUUUUUAGACAAGCGUGAUCAUAUAAUUUGUGAAGAUCAGGGAAGCCAAAUCUUAAACUGCUCAGGUCUUGAUGCGGUUAUUGACAUAGUUCGCGCUCAAAUUAAACCAACGACAACUAGUAUAGAUGUCUGCCCAACAUUGACAGCAACCAAGCAAACAUUUGGCAAGCCAUCUUCCUGUAAAUUCAACACUAAUGUUUUCAAACAAGUAAAAUCUAAAUGUGGGGGAAAGGUUUGGUGUAGUUUAUCAGUAAAAUCAGUACAUGAUGGUCGAUGUCCUGAAGAAAGCAAAUAUCUGAUCAUUUCAUAUAAAUGUAUUCAAAGAUCAAAUGGCAUUAACGCAGGUUAGUUGCAUUGCUUAUCAAAUCAGUAUGAAUUAAUAAUUUAUACACCCUAGCACCAUUACCACAGUAGCAUUGCUUUUAUAACAUGGUAAUAGAUUAUAGAUCACCUUUAAAUUCGUUUCAAUUUCACAUCUUUUGAUCUCACGCGGAGAAUAGACCUAGACUGCGAGCGGUCCCUCAGGGGAAUUGAGGGACUGCUGACAAUGCAUCAAGAAACAAAAUAAGCAUUCGCCACACAACACAAGAUUCACAUUGGUCGAAAUCAAUAUGCCAUGCACUCAAACAAAUCUGAUGCAUAAUAAUUAUGCUAUAAGUAAGUUCCAGAUGUUGAUUUUAUAAACAAAUUGACAUUGCUAAACUGAGCCUAAUCUAAUUGGACAGAUUAUUCUAAUUGGAUAUAACUUAUUUUCAUCCAAAGAUGACCACUUGACAAGUAGGAAAAGUUGGCAUAUUGAUGUGUUGUCAUCAGUACUUCAUUUCCUUCUCUUUCCUUUCCUUUCCUUUCCUUUCACACGCCUGGGAAUCUCGGGAAUCUAAACCCGCGCAAAGGAGGAACCCGCUAGCACUCUAGAGUAUAUAGAUCUUUCCCAAGACAGCUUCACAGCCUCUUCUCGUUUCACUCUUCGCCAGUCUUCGCGCGGUUAUAUAUCGAGAGCCAUGAUCUAUUAGAGGACAGCCGCACGGAAUUGCGUCACACAAAACCUUAUCCAAUAGCAUUCUCUUGUUUGUAUAGAUGAUGUACGCGUGAUAUUUGUAAAAUUUCUACUUUUUCUUGGAUAAAAAGUGACCUGUUUACCUGUUUAAUUUGGGGGUUUUCUUUUUAUUAUAUAGAACAAACAGAUAAGAUUUUGCCGUUGUCGGCUGUUCAGUAGAGAGUUUGGCAAAUGCAAGGUCAACGGCAACGGCAAUAUUGUCAUCAACAAUAGCAUUAAUCCUUAAAGACAAAGACGAAUGUAAAUUGCAUGGUCUUAAUUAAGUGUGGUGCAAUGCUGUAGUUGUUGAAACUAUAGUACGUGAUUUGCAUCAUUUUCACGGUGCAUGACUACGGCAACAGUUAAUUCAUUCGAUGUAAUUAAUUUGAGGUGUUUUAUUUGAAUUCGCGGACUAUUUUUCCUUAAGGGUACGCUUGAAAGAAACAGGAAUACUUAAAGAGGCAAAUUAAGUGUAGUAACGUAUACUUUGGCUCAAAUACAACAAUAUAAGCAAUUAUAUUUUCCCCGUUGUUGUUGCCGUUCUAGGUUGCCAAACUCUCUAUUUACAUAGAUACACAGUAUGACAUCAUAAUGUAGGAAGGGCAAGAAAGUGACCCACUCGCCUGGGCGGUGGCUUGUGGGCCACUUUUUUGUUCUUCUCACAUUAUGACGUCAUACUGUGUAUCUAUAACUGAACAGGCAACGGUAAAAUCUUAUCUAUUUGUUAAUUCUGUAUGCUUCGUAACUAUAAAGUAUACCGGAUCUCGGGGUAUUUUAUAGCCACGAUUUUAUAGCAUUUGAUUAGAGAGGAACCCUCGUUUUGUGUUCUUAUGUGAUAUUGGCUUAAUAUGGCCAGUAUAUAAUAUGUCUUUUUUCGCCAUGAUAGCAAUUUCAUCUCGUCUAUUCUAACUUUUAUUUUUCCUUGCCAUGCAGAUACUUCAGAAACAAAUGCUGUAUUCUGUCCGAAAUAUUGGGUUAAAUUCCGAACAAGCUGCUACAAGUCUUAUCAGAAUAAAUUGAAAUGGAAGGAUGCUCAAGCAUAUUGCAAGCGAGUAAAAGGAGCAACACUGGUGUCGCUGGACGACAAAGAAGAAGAGGCUUAUGUGAAAAAUAUAAUGAAGUCAAAUGGUGUUGACAAGUUUCAUAAGUGGACUGGCACUUUGAGAUCUCGGAAGUUUGCUUUCAUGUGCGAGUACAGAUUAGGUGAGAUACAGGGCCUCAUUAAUUUUGAAUCUACUGUAAGAUAUCUUUAUUGGUUGUUUUGACCAAUUUAUUCUUACAGUGAAGGCACCACCAGAAAAUAUUUGUAUUUCUGAGCCUCCGGGUCUUGAUCCGGUUAUUGGCACAACCUUUUGAAUAAUACAUUCUUCUCAACUGAGUUAUUCUUUGAGUGUUUCUGUGUUGGUGUAAUGUACUCAGGUGAAUAUGAUGCUUGUGAUGUUACUCUGAGUGUAUAUCCACACCGGGCAAGCUUGAAAAAUAUGCCUGACCACGGUGGGAAUCGAACCUACGACCUUUGGAAUGCUAGCCCAAUGCGAAGGAACUAGAUUCUGUUCCGAAACAUCACAUACUCGAACCGACCAGACCGCGUAGUUCAGUUGGCAGAGCAUUGGGUUAGCAGUCCAAAGGUCGUAGGUUCGAUUCCCACCGUGGCCAGGCAUAUUUUUCAAGCUUGCCCGGUGUGGAUAUACACUCAGAGUAACAUCAUGAGUUAUUCUUUUCUUUCUUUGCUUAUAUUUUGAAAAGAAGAAACCUUCGCUGCAAGGGCAAUAUGUAAAUUUGUGCGUGUGCGAUAUACAAUACAAAUAUGAUAAGCUAAACUGCUACCGUAUUUUGGCUUGAUUUCUGAAUUUCAUAUGUUAAAAUUCUUAUAAUUUAUUUCUUACAAAAGGUUAAUUUGAUUAAUUAAUUUCGCUACGUUUCGGACAUUUUAAAUGUCCGUCUUCAUGAGGCGAACAGUUUUUUUUAAUUAGAAAAGAUUAAAAUUAUUAUUUCAACAUAUUUUCACAUUCGCUUUUUACCUCUGAAAUGUUUCAGUUCUACACAAAAUUUUAAAUACGUGCAUCCCAAAAGCGCGAGGUAUAAUUAAAAAUAACUAAACAAUUUGGAUUCGCAGCGAAUGCAAAGCUAUCUGCUUUUUUAAAUUUGAUAUUAUCUAUUUUAGGCAAUGGUUCAUGCGAUUUUGAAGCUGGUUGGUGCGGUUGGCAUGAAGAUUCAACUAGUAAUGACUCUCGUUGGCGUCGUACAAUGGACGUAGAACCAGCCACUACUUUGGAAUGGUCAUGGUGGGGUGAGUUUGCGAAGCUUUGUCAAGCCCAUUUGACCACGCAAACAUUCUUGCGGUUUCACCUUCCGAUUCGUCUUCUCAACACGAACAUUUGAAGACGAUAUAAAAAGUGGAAAAUUUUGGAAACGCGACAAUACUGUUUUCUUGUGAAACUCAUUAAUAAUUCAUGAAGAUUUAUUUCAAACUGUUGAAGAAUACGAAUGUUCUCAUUCGCGUCUGUGUUGUAUCAGACAUACAACCUCUCGCCUUCGGCUCGAAUUUGUAGGUCUGAUACAACACAGCCGCUCAUGUUUAUCUUUAACACAGCCGCUCAUUAUUUACUUGUGAACGCAUGCAUGAAACUUUUUCUUGCUAUUAAUUAACUCAUGCGAUUAAUUAUUUAUUAAUAUAAAAUAAUUAUGAAAAGUUAUCAAUGUUCUGGUCAAAAUAUUUUGCGUAAAUGGUGUUUAUAAGAAUUACAAGAAAAGCUUGUCUUCAUUAAAUCCCCGAGCCAACGGCGCCUUUCCGGGCGUAUUUGUACUUGCAAAUUAAAUUAAAUUACUGUAUCUGAAUAAAACUGUAGUGCUUAAUAAAAAUUUAUUUUAAAACUAAGACUUCGUCAAUUGUUCUUGAAUUCUAGGUAUCAUCAAAAGUUAUGUUCGUUCUUCAUCUAACGGAGUUAUUAUCUAUGUAUUUGACGGAAAGCCUAUGGAAGAAGUAACUAUGACAGCUGAUAGACCAAAAAACAUAGAAAAGGUUACAUUAUGUCAGUGGAUAUAUAUUGGUGCUAACAUGAGUGAGGCGACUGUGGUUUCAUUCGGUGAAAAACUGCUGCUGAAGAUCUAUUAUGGAAAUGAAUAUAAAUUUAUUGUGAAUUUUUAUGACUGGAAUAGGUAGGUCGUAUUUCAUAGCUCAAGGUACAUUCCGCAGAGCAGGGAAGACGCGAGUCUGCGCCCUUUUAAAACCCACGUAGGUCAUUUUAGUUCCGAAUUUAUCAAGAACAAUAACGGCAAUUCUAUAGAUCUCAAGUGUACAUCUCUUGCUAAAGUUGCUGUAUUAACAUUGUCAGAAGGUCCCGAAGGAGGGGGCGGCUUAAUUCCAUUUCCCAGUUCAAGGUAUUUCAUCAGGAAAAACAAUUCUGCAUUCAUUUGAUCUCUUUAGAACUAGGUUUUUCGAGAAAAAGGUUCGAAGUCUAUUAAUUAAAUGCCAGCCAAUUUCUACAAAUAAAGAGACUUAGUACAGCAUGCAAUAUAUUUACAUGAUGGACCAAGCCUGAUAUGUAUAUAAGUAAGUCACUAACUCGUAACAGCUGAAAAUGAUCUCAUCGUGCCGGAAAUGGCAGAACGCAGUCCCGAACUUUUUAGACAAAUUUUUAAUCAAGAAUUGCUCCGUAGCAUAAUUCAACUCCAGGGAGUUAUUUUAGUUGGAGUUAAGAACUAUUUGACUGCGAGCGUUUUAAAUGCCUUUCAAAAAUGGCUCAUCUUAUGAGUUCAUUGAUGAAGUAAUUUUAAAAAUCAACGUUGACUAAGCCGAAGAAAUCAAUGUUAAUAUUCAUGUCAAUUAACAUAUUUUUUAUCACAUAUACAACUACCGACAUGGUGUAUGUAGUGAUUUUCUUUGUUGUGUCCUCGUGAAUUAUUAAUGAGUUUUUUAUCCUUGAAAUUAACAGUCAAGGCUAACUUGUAUUAUAAUAACUAUAUACUGACAGCUUAACGGUCUAUGUUUGUCUAUUUAUUUUAGUACGACAAAAGCGUCAGUUUCAUUUGAAACUUGGCAACAUCUAUGCUUCAGUAUUGAUACUCAAACAAAGUUAUGGAUGUUCUAUAAAGAUGGGUUGAUGACUGACAUUGGUGUAGCAAGUGUAUCUCCAUUUUCUUCAGAUGCUCGUAGUGUUGAUGACAAUGUCAUAUAUUUAGGUCGAUCUUCAAGCAAGGUAAGUUCAAGGACGUCAGAGUAAGUUUGUGGCCAGUUUAGGCGAGUAGGCCUACCCGAAAUCACAUACAUUACUCUAUAUACUACCUAUAUACUCAUUUGCAUAUAUCACGUUGAAAUAUGGCUUCAACUGUAAACAUCAUUAUUAAUGUAUAUCGCAAUGUUAUAAAUCGCUAAAUUUGAAAAUAAGGUAUAGAUCGACCUUUGCGACUUGUCCAAAAAAUAUCGAAUAUUGGCCCACGUGAAAAAGGCUCUUGUUUCGUAAAAAAAGCCUUUUCCACGUGGGCCAAUAUUCGCUAUUUUUAGGGGUACAGUUUUCCCACGUCGGAGAAUCUAGACAGUCCGAACAGUGUGAAAAGCGACUUUUCAAAGUUGUAUCUGUAAAUUUACCAUUACACACACAACUAUGGUGAUAAAAAUUCAGACGUGGGAGAACAAUAUCCCUAAAAUGGCGGAUAACCGGAGUGUAUUUAGUGCAAUAUUGGCUUGAUUUAAGUUAAUGCUCAUCCUGUUUCUUGCGAUAUUUGUACAAAGAUUGGGUGUGGUUGAGUUUGUGGAAGCGGACGCAUCCAUUUACAAUCCUGUAGCAAGUCUUCCGCGUGUCGUUUACUCGUUUAUAGAAAUACGUGUAAUCCAGUAUUUUUUUCUUAACAGGCCAGCUGUUCAUGGAAAACUGACUGCAAUAAAAUGUUUCGAGGAAAAAUGACGAAACCUGAAAUAUGGGCAAAAAUGCUUGAAUUCCGUGAAAUUUCUAUCCUUGCUACUGGGUGUGGUAUGGAGACCUCCCCUGAUAUAGCUGUUGAACAAACUAAGCUGGCGAUCCUGGAAAGACGAUCAUUUGAACAUGGGCAAUGCAUUACCGGUAAAGGUAAGCAUAGGGCACAUACAUUUCUUUAAAGUAGGAACCAUCGUCAAAAAAUGAAACAUUUUAGUUAGGAAGCUAGAUACUCAUUUUCAAACCAUAGUCAAAUGAGGAUCAGAGCUGAUGAAAGUUGAGAAGGAAGAAUUUGCAUGAGAGUUUUCUCAACUCUUCUGCCCUGGGAAAUUUUGUAAAACGAGAACAAGCGUUGCAUGAGAUUGAUGAGAGUUGACUGGAUGUUACCACGCGUAUAGCAAAAACUCCCAUGAGUGAGAGAGUUCUGCGUCGGUAUAUAUUGCAGUUAAACUAUAACAUGCAUAGAGAGUAGAAGAUUUCGAAUAUGCAUAUCAAAUAAUUCAACUGUUCAGUCAUCAUUUUAUAUGCAAAAAGUUGUUCAAAGAAGAAUUAGUUUCCACACUGAUUCUCUUUAAAUUACAAAAUAUAUUUCCUUGAGUGUACUUUCUCAUUUCGCUUUACAAAGAAGACAAAACAUGGUAGUACAAAAAUUAUUUAAUGACAGUUCUAUUGUGGCUAUAAGCGAAACACGAAUAUGGUUGACUGAAGGCAUGUGCUAAAACCUGGACGAUGGACUGGACGAUGGACUGGACAAUGGACGAUGGACGUCCAUCGUCCAGGUUUUAUUGGACGAUGGACAAUUUUUAUUUAUAGCUACAGCCGUUUCAACAAAUUCAGUCUCCAAAUUCAGUCUCCGGCUAUCACUUCGUCACUAUACUAUCAAUUUGACACACCUUAAUGACCUUACUUACUUACUUACUGAAAUUGCGGUCCCCAAGUUUGGCACCGCAUUAUAUUCUGCAUGUGAGUUUGUCCGUUUGUUAGUGUGUUUGCAUCAAUACGUUUCCUUAAUCGCCUAGUAAAAAUUCCUUGCACGUGCUCGAAACAGUAUACAUUUUUGCGGGAAAAUUAAUUAAUCUUGGAUUCUCAGGACCGACUGUUUGCUGGGCUUUAUCUCUGGUUUUAUGCGCCAAACAUGCCUUGACUGAAGGCUGAAUACUCCAAUGUUGUAAAUACUCGGAACAAUAGUAACGCGUUACUAAUUACAAAUUACUUGUGUGAUGUUACUCUGAGUAUACAUCCACACCGGGCAGGCUUGAAAAAUAUGCCUGGCCACGGCGGGAUUCGAACCUACGACCUUUGGAAUACUAGCCCAAUGCUCUUCCAACUGAGCUACGCGGUCAGGACGGUUCGAGUAAGCGAUAUUUCGUAGGUUCGAAUCCCGCCGUGGCCAGGCAUAUUUUUCAAGCCUGCCCGGUGUGGAUGUAUACUCAGAGUAACAUCACACAAACAUCUUAUUCACCUGAGUACAUUACACCAACACAGCAGAUUUCUUAAAUAUUAGAUUACACUCAGGGCCUUUUUUAAGGAUUUUCCCGUGGGGGGGCAUUUUUUGAAAAGGGACCUUUCUGUGAGAUAAUAUAUUACAGGGAGAUAGCAAUGGCUGAAGACCACGUGUGCGCCGAUCGAACAUACCAUGCACGCAUGAAUGAGGGGGGUGUACUCCCCUAGAAAAUUUUUGAAAUUUGAAGCACAGAAAUGUCAUUUCCUGCAUUCUGAGCAUCCAAAUGCGCUCCAAAAUGUAUACUAACUAUACUUGUAUUUGAAAUAAAAGAAGGAAAAAACCCACAAAAAGUACUGAAAAAAAUAUUAACCAUAAUUUAUCAUUACUUAUUAGAGGACGAUCCCAAUGGUCACGUGUGUGGGGUUGUACUCCCCCAGAAAAUUUUUGAAAUUUGAAACACGGAAAUGCCAUUUCCUGCAUUCUGGGCAUCCAAAUUUGCUCUAAAAUUUAUGCUAACUAUACUUGUAUUUGAAAUAAAAGAAGGAAAAAAUGCACAAAAAGUAAAAAAGAAUAUUAACCGUAAUUUAUCAUUAUACUUAUUAGAGGGGGAUACCAAUGGCCGAAGGCCACGUGCGUGGGGGCAUAAUCUCCAGAAAAUUUUUCAAAUUCGAAACCUGGAAAUGCUCUUUCCUGCAUUCUGAGCAACCAAAAAAUAAAAAAUUAUUAACAAUAAUUUAUCAUUACUUAGUGGUAGAAAAACGUAACAAUUUAGAUCGAUUUUGUUAAACAAAGACAAAGAAUAAAGCCUAAAACUUACUUUCCGUUUAUUUAUUUGAUCUUAUUUGUUAUUCUUCGCUGGUUUGUUGGUAUAAAUUUUGAAAAGGGACUUUUCCUGGGGGGGCAAAAUGUGAUUUCGUGGGGGGGCACAAGGGGGGACUGGGGGGGGCAAAUGCCCCCCCAGCUUGUAUGUUAAAAAAGGCCCUGAUUACACUGAUAUCGAAGGAACUAGACUCAGUUCCGAAAUAUCGCUUACUCGAACCGUCCUGACCGCGUGGCUCAGUUGGAAGAGCAUUGGGCUAGUAUUCCAAAGGUCGUAGGUUCGAAUCCCGCCGUGGCCAGGCAUAUUUUUCAAGCCUGCCCGGUGUGGAUGUAUACUCAGAGUAACAUCACACAAACAUCUUAUUCACCUGAGUACAUUACACCAACACAGCAGAUUUCUACAAAUUACUUUUUGAGUAAUUUUGAUGGCAAUUAAUUACUUUCUUUACUGAAGUAAUUUGUAAGUUAAACGUAAUUAAUUACAUUUUGAAGGUAACGAGUAAAAUUUUCUUAAAGUAUAACGUCACGUUACUUUUCAAUUUUACUUCAAUCUCUCACAACAUUCAUGGCACAUAAUCUAAAAAGUAGUGAAACGUUUUUCUAGGCUACCAGCCUUAAUAGACCUUAAUACUACGAAUACGCUGUUUACAAAAUUGAAAUAUUUUUCAAAUAAGCCUGCAAUAUAUGAAAUAUGCGGCGUGAGCCUACACCAUUACUUCAUGUAUUGAUAUGAUUAAUGUAUUAUGUCUAUUUCAAUUUCUCGCCAAUUUUGCGCGAAAUGAUUUAAAUACAAAAAAUAAAAUGAAAAGUAAUUUUGAAAUUAAUUUGAUAGUAAUUAAUUACUUUUUGAAAAGUAAUUAGUACUUGGUAAUUAAUUACUUUUUCUAGUAAAGUAAUUUGUAAUCUAUAAUCAAUUACUUUUUAGGAGAAGUAAUUGUAAUAUCUACUCAUUACUUUUUUUUCAGUAAUUUUUACAACACUGGAAUACUCUGAUAUAGGUUUUCUAGUCUUCCAGUCUCAGCUACGCGUCAUUUGGAUGCGCAGUGGAAAAUCCGAAUUGGCUUAUAGGAGCGCAUAUAGUCGCAACAGUACAUAGGCGUCAUAGCCUAUCGAAGGGAAGAUGGCUGUGAAACUCACUAGAAUAACAAUAUAACUCAUUAUCUAUGUCAAUCAACGUUUAUUCAUAAAUCUGGUCCUUCACCGUCACGUGUGUAUUGUAUUUUUGCCCAACUAAUCAAUAGAAAUGUUUUAUGAAAGAUACCUAUCCGUGACUCGAACAAAUUGGGAAAUUUCUAUUAGUCGAUUUGGCAAAAAUACAAUACACACGUGACGGCGAAGGACCAGAUUUAUGAAUAAACGUUGACUGGUGUAUAUAAUAAGUUAUAUUGUUAUUCUAUAAUGAGUUUCACAGCCGUCUUCCCUUCGACAGGCUAUGGUCGCAACGAUUAUCUGUCUUAUUCAACUACUAAACCUUCCCAUAUAGGAUUCCGACUAUCAUCUGUUAAAACGUACAACUCAUCUUUACCUUCCACAUCGACGUUGACUUCUCCCUGGAUGAAGGUUCCUUUGCAUAGGGUUCGCGGCAUGUGUAUGAAGUUUACUUACCGCUUGUUGGGAAAAGAUUCAGAACUUGAUAUCUCAGUUGAACCAAGGAACAUGAACAAGGAACAAAUCUGGUUGGUUAAAGAUCCACAGUCAGAUACAGUUUGGAAAACUGGACAAGUUUCGUUGGGGCUUUUGACGGAGUUUAGGGU